AUGCAAGGGACGGAAGAAGGCGGCGACGCAGGUCAAUCUGUGGAGUGGGAAACAACGGAUGGUUCCUCUCUUCAUUCUUCCUUUCAUGAUGUUCUUGGGUACGGCGAUCCCUACGACAGCGCAAAAUAUUUGGAUGAUUUGGUGAAAGAUUUGCGUAUAUUGGAUUCUAUUCAAUUGAACCAUCCUGAUAAGCUUCGCAAUACCUAUACGCUCCUUACCAAUGAAAUCGAUCGUGUUUGGACCAUCAUCUACAUGCGUACGCUACGUGAUGAGCAACAAGUACAUCAUUAUUCGCGACAAUUUACGCCAGAAGGGGCAUAUAUUUCGAUCCAAGAGAAAAUUAUGAUUCCCGAGCGCCCAAAUUGCAAAUUUAUUGGACGCAUUCUUGGACCACGUGGAAUUUCGGUGAAACAACUUGAAGCUCAAACCAACUGCCGCAUCCUCAUCCGUGGAAAGGGUUCCGUUAAAGAUGCUCGUCGUGAGGCGCGUCUUCGCAAUCGUGUAGGUUGGGAACAUCUCGCGGAACCUCUUCAUGUGCUCGUUACAGCUACGGACAUUACGCAUGAGCGUUGCUUACAAAAAUUGGCAGUUGGCGUACAGUCUAUUAAGGCGUUGCUUAGCAGCAACGACGAUGAGCAUAAACGUCGCCAGCUUAUCCAGCUUGCGAUCAUUAAUGGUACUUAUCGCCCGAUGCGCAUGCAUUAUCAAGGGCAAUUUAUAGAAGUAUUAUUCAAGAGCAACGAAAAUAUCCUAUCAAGUGAUCCUAAAAAGUUUUAUUGUACAAGCCCAUGCCGGCAAGAGUUAAACGCAUCAGAAUCGGAUGUUCGUCCUGAUGUCAUGGCCUUCCUGUAUAUCUCAGAUAGUAAUGCUUGUUCUGGUCAAAGUAGAAGUAUUGCUGAAGUUGAAUAA